UGGAGGACGAACAGAGAGCGAUGAACGACGAAGGGAGGGCGAUGGAGGACAAUGAGGACGAUGACGGCUGAUGGAAGACGACGGAGGAUGAUGAUGGAGGACGAUGGAGGAAGAACAGACGGCGAUGGAGGAYGACACAGAGGGCGAUGGAGGACGACACAGAGGGUGAUGGAGGACGGCGGAGGAAGAUGUAGGACAAGCAGAGGGCGAUAGACGACAAUGAAGGACGCGUCGACGGCGAUGGAGGACAAUGGAAGACGAUGGAGUAUCAUGAAGGGUAAUGGAGGACGAGCAGAGGGCGAUGGCGGACAUGGAAGAAGACGGAGGACAGUGGAGGACGAACCGAGAGCGAUGGCGGACAUGGAGGACGAACAGAGAGCGAUGAACGACGAAGGGAGGGCUGUCUCUUAUACACAUCUAGAUGUGUAUAAGAGAGAACCGAGAGCGAUGGCGGACAUGGAGGACGAACAGAGAGCGAUGAACGACGAAGGGAGGGCGAUGGAGAUGGGCGAUGGAGAUGUGCGAUGGAGGGCAACGAAGGACAGUGGAAGGGAAUGGAGGACGAUGGAGGAACGAGCAGAGGGCCAUGGUGGACAAUGGAGGAGGACGAACAGAGAGCAAUGAACGACGAAGAGAGGGCGAUGGAGGUGUGGGCGAUGGAGGUGGGCGAUGGAGUAUGGAGUACGCAUCUCACCCCUCUCACAGAAGAUUGAACUGUGCCCACUUUCUCGUCCAGAUGCACGACAAGCACUACUCCGUCGUGCUGUAUCGAGGACGAUGGAGGCUGCUGGAUGAUGGAUUACGUGGCUUAGCCAGCUGUGCUGGUGUGGGCAAUCAAUCCCUCCUUGGAGGUGUGGGUGGGUGUGGGCGGUGUGCUCAACACCUGCCUGCUCAUCGUUGGCGGCGUGCUCGGCUGGGCGGCUGGCUAGCUGGCCAGUCACGCACCCCCACCUCG